UUCUUUUCAGAUCAGAAGUGAUGACAACGAAUUCGAGCAGAGGCAAUGCGGCAGAACACUUCAAGCAGAAGCUGCAGGAGCAGACUGGGCUAUUCUGCGAUGGGAUAUUGGCCAUCUGGGACGAGAUAGGAGUGAAUGAGUCAUGUCAGGCUGAGAGGGUGGAGGAGGCGCUGUCAAUUAUCAACCGAGUUUUCAGUGGGAUGACCCAGGAGGAAACGAGCAUAUUGCAUAAGUUACAGGAGAGUGUAAAACUUGCAAGACGAGACAUUGAACAGAUCACGAGUGCUUUGAAACUAUCUGCAGUGAUAGAACCACCCAACUUACCAUUGAUGCAACUGGAGUCAUUUCUCGAAUCAGAAGCACAGACGCUGAGAGCAAUGAAGAAGGAGCGAAUGGAUAAGUUUAAUAAGUUGAUGUGUACCGCGAAUGAGUUGUGCAAGGAGCUGGGGGAGAGGUUUACGACUACGGUGCAGCCGGAUCAAAUCCCGGCCGAGUGUGAACUGGAAUCCAUAAGAAAUGACGUUGAGAGGCUGAAGUUCGUCAAGAUUGAGAGAGUGACACAAGCGGAGGAGCUAAAAGAGAGCAUCAAAGAUCUCUACGAAGACCUCGAGGAGAGAUGGGAAGACACUUCUCUCUCUAGACAUCUACUGGGACUAGAAACAGCCAACCUUCUCUCCCUCUCGUCUCUGAAAGACCUCGAGAACCUCCAUCAUCAGUUGGAAAGAAAACGAGACGCUUUACGGGAAAAGGCAAUGAAUCUCAGAGAGCAUCUUGAAGCCAUGUAUGCAAGGUUGGAUCUCCAAAUGUUACAACUGCAACAGUUUUUACACAGACACGCAACGUCAAGGCCUAGUGAUAUUAAAUCUUUAGAAGCAGAGCUUGAAAAGUGUAUGGAAUUAAGAAAACAGAAUAUCGAAAAGUUCGUAAUGAAUUGUCGCCGUGAGCUUGAACAAUACUGGAACGCGCUUUAUAUAAGUGAGGACAGAAAACAGACCAUGUUCAAGCCUUAUUUCUCAACUACGUACUCUGAGACGUUGUUAGAAUUGCACGAAGCUGAGCUUGAGAAAACGAAAGAUUAUUACGAGAAGGCGAAGCCUAUUUUGGAAUUGUUUGCGCAACAUUGUGAAGUUUGGGAUGAGUUUGUGGAUAUGGAGAGAAAGGCUAAUGAUCCGGCGAGAUUGUUGGCCAGAGGAAGAGGAAAAGGACUGCUGCAGGAGCAGCGCCAGAGAAGAGAGAUCGAACGGAAAAUUCCGAAACUGGAAGAGAAGAUUAAAUCUGGCGUGGAUCAAUGGGAGUUGGAGUAUGGCGAGCCGUUCUUGGUGUAUGACUGUCCCAUAAUAGACUGGAUAGUGAUGAAGAAAGAAGAGUUGACUGCGGAAAAAGAGGCUCUGAAGAGAGCGAAGCACGAGGAGAAAGAGCGAGAGAAGGAGCAGGAAAUGAGGUUCGGGACUGGAGCGACCAAACGAGGAGCGGGAGCGAUGGGCGGAGCACUCCAGGGGGGUCCGAAGACUCCAAAGAAAACCAAAUUUGGUACCACAAUGAAUGCCACCCAUGCUAACAACCACACAAAAUUCACUAGCUCAAGCAGCAGCAACAAGAGCAAAAACGUGCUACUGAGCGCCAAAAAGGCGCCGCCCGUAAUGCAAUCGCAACAAAACUUCCCUCGACCUGUGAAUUCGGGAGUAAUAGGACAGAAAGCACCUCUGGGAAAGUUGACAAGGCAACCCAAUUUCGGAGUGCAAAGCGGUCCUCUGAGAGGUAUCGGGGCAAUCGCAGGCGUAGUUGCUGGGGGAAGCAAGAUUGCAACGAUUGGAUUGAACCCGAAUCAGAAGGCAAAAAGAAGGUCUCUGGCACAGCUGCAGAAAAAGAAGACAGAGCCUGCUGGGCCUUCAAAGUUGGCACAAAAAGAACCGGCAACCCCUCUUAAGCCAGGCAACUCCGCUGGACAAAACACUGAGAACAAUGCACCCAUGGUCAAAAGACGAUCGAGACGGAUCCAAGAUAUGAAUGAAUCCCGAGUAGGAUUCACAAACGCACUAGGAAAUCUAACUCAUUUGUCAAAUUUGGGACCCAAUCAUGCCGACCCAGUCGAGAUCAGUAUGCUACACGAGACCUACAGUACUUUCAGUAAUAAAAUCCAGGCCAACACCGACUUGGCUUCAAGUAUGCUGGUUACAGACCACGUUAGAUCGUCGCCUUAAAAAGAACAUUCAUAAUAGAAUUAAACAGAAAAUCAAGCGACAGAAAGCUGAGAAAAAUUCACUUUGAGAAUCAAGAAAAAGAAAGAAAAGACUAUAACUGUUGCGCGUAUUGAUUAUAGCUCGUGUUCCAGCUUUCAAUAAUUAUUCGCAAAUCUUUCGAUCUCAGUUUUUAGAGCAAGGCUUCAAAGUCAUGAUUUUUCAUCGGUAGGUUGGGCACGUAGUCAUAAAGAGGUUUGUCGAGAAAAAUUUUUUUUUUCAU